UUCUCUGCCUAAAAUCUUAUCAAUAGAUCUAUCUAAUCCGUCGGAUAAUAACUUUAUCUGCUAAUUACUGCAAAAAUGUGUAUUUAAAUUUGCCAGUAGGGAAUACCGGAUUAUUGGAAGUCAAGAUGUGGAGUAAAUUAGUUUUCGUAGCUUUAUUAUGCCAUUUGGCAUCAGCAAAGCAGAUUAUGUCUGCAGACUACAUUGAAAACUUGAAACCAGCAGGUUUCAUUCGUCCAGGACCGUUCCAUUCCUGGUACAAGGAAGUCACUAGCACUGGUUUCGAGGAAUUGGACGAUGAACAAACAACAGUUGCUCAAAAAACAACAACUCCCGCUCUAACUACACCAGAAGCAUCUCCAGAAACAACAGUGCUUUCAACAAAACUGCCAUCAAUAACAGUGCCUUCGACAACAAUUGUACCAGAAUUGACCACUCGAACACCAGAAUUGACCACUCGGACACCAGAAUUGACGACUCGAACACCAGAAUUGACCACUCGAACACCAGAAUUGACCACUCGGACACCAGAAUUGACGACUCGAACACCAGAAUUGACCACUCGAACACCAGAAUUGACCACUCGGACACCAGAAUUGACGACUCGAACACCAGAAUUGACCACUCGAAUACCAGAAUUGACCACUCGGACACCAGAAUUGACGACUCGAUCACCAGAAUUGCCCACUCGAACACCAGAAUUGACCAGUCGAACACCAGAAUUGACCACUCCAACACCAGAAGUCACCACUCUAUCACCAGAAGAUGAUGAAAGUUCCAUUCCAACAACAACAGCAUACCCAGAUAUGACUGGCCAACCUGAAGAAAGCGAGGAAAGUGAAGAAAGUGACGAAAGUGAUGAGGAUGAAACUGUCAACAAAAUUCUGAAGAAACUGAAAAUACGUGUCAAAGUUACGGUUGAUAUGAAGAAGUAUAAGAGCAAGAAUGGCCAAAUCAAUGAGAUCGUUGAACGAAUUGAGUAG